AUGUCAUCAAAAGAGUGUAUUACAUGUGGACAAAACAAAUCGUCGUGGAAUUGGUGCUUCGAAUGCGAACAUCAAAGGUUUCGAGACAACUUUUUCAAUUGGACGAGCGAGAAUAAGUUGAUCGAUGAUUUAAUUAAAGAAAUACAACUUUUAUCGCGUUAUCCCAAGGAGUAUAUCGAGUGGAUCCCCUUUUCAGAUUUUGAAUUAAUAAAAUAUUAUGGUAAGGGUAGACAUAGUACCGUGUAUACCGCAACGUGGCUUCGCGGCCCUUUAUAUAAUUAUGACGUUUUAAGCGAUGAUAACACGAGAUCCGGUCCUCAAUUGAUUGCCUUGAAGUCUCUCGAUAAUUCAAGAAAUAUUACUCCACAGUAUUGUCGCUUGUUGAAAGAAUUUGUUCGUCAGACGUUUGAAGAAGCUGAUGAUAAUUUCGAAUGGUGUUAUGGAAUAACUCAAGAUCCGGUGUAUAAGGAUUAUAUGUUGGUGAUGUCUUUCGCGGAGGAAGGGAAUCUUUAUGAUCACAUUAAGAGGUCAACCAUCAUCACUAUAGAUUGGAUGAAGGUAAUUGAAGAUUGUUUUGACCUAGCAAAGAUGCUGAAUGGGUUACACGACAGAAAUUUGGUCCAUGGGAACCUUCAUGGGGGGAAUGUAUUGGCCAACGUUGAAGGAUUCACGAUUACGGAUAUUGAUAGUGUUAAAGAUCGUCCCACGUCCGAAGAUUUAGUUAAAUCAUUCGCCGAAUGGAAAUAUGCGUUGAAUAAUUUCGAUUAUAUUGAUGAUGAAUAUCCAGAGCAUAAAAUUAUUACUCAAAUCGAAGAGUUUGAGCACGUUUAUGUGGAUACCGAUAUCAUUAGGGAGCACAACAUACACGAAAAGGCGGUUUAUACGAGUCAACUUAUCGACUUUUGUUCGUUACGUCAGCCUUAUCAGCAGAACGAAUCUCCUAUUGACAAGUUACUCAAAAGUAAGCUCGAUGUUUUUUAA